UUGCUGCUGUCUCGGAGAUGGUCAACAUAAUGACCAUAAUCUAAAUUGCACUUUAUCUCAUCACUAAUAACGUUCUUCCCCGCACGAGCUUCCUAAAGACGUCCAAAAAAUGCAACUAAAGCAUCUUAAAACACUGUUAACACCCCAGGAGGGUGCUGCCAAAGUGACAUGCAUGACCUGGGCACCGAAUAACACCAAGUUCGCUGUUUGCACUGUUGACAGAGUGGUGCUUAUCUAUGAUGAGGGGGGAGAGAGGAAAGACAAGUUCUCCACCAAACCCUUAGACUCCAAGUACGGGAAACAGAGCUAUGUUGUCAAUGACAUGGCGUUCUCACCGGACUCCACCAAAAUCGCCAUCGGCCAGUCUGACAACAUCAUCUUUGUGUACAGAAUUGGAGAAGAUUGGGGGGACAAGAAAGCCAUUUGCCACAAAUUUGUUCAGACGAGCGCGGUGACUUGCUUGCUUUGGCCUGUAGAGAAUGUAAUUGUUUAUGGAUUAGUGGAUGGCAAGGUUCGCCUCGCCAACACUCAGACAAACAAGUCGUCAACCAUCUACUGCACCGAGUCCUGUGUCGUGUCACUGGCAUCCAAUGUUUCUGGUAAAGGCAUCCUGUGCGGCCACGCCGAUGGGACUGUCGUGCGUUACUUCUUUGAUGACGAAGGCUCGGGAGAGUCUCAGGGUAAGCUGUUGAUACACCCGUGCCCACCUUACGCUCUGGCCUGGGCUGCAAACGGCAUCAUGGUGGGCGGCUGUGACAAGAAGAUAGUGGCCUACGGCAAAGAGGGUCACCUUCUGCAGACCUUCGAGUACAGCCGCGACCGGACGGAGAAGGAGUUCACCGUGGCCGCCACCAGCCCCAGCGGGCAGUCUGUUGUGUUUGGCAGUUAUGACCGGUUGCGGGUGUUUAACUGGGCUUCCAGGGCCGGCGUGUGGGAGGAAGCCAAGUCUAAAGAGAUCGUCAACCUCUACACCAUCACCAGCCUGGCCUGGAAGAAAGACGGAUCACGCCUCUGUGCUGGAACACUGUGUGGGGGGGUGGAGCUGUUCGAUUGCUGCUUGCGGAGAACUCUCUAUAAGAACAAGUUUGAGAUGACCUACGUCGGUCUGAACCAGGUGAUAGUGAAGAACUUCUCUACAGGAACACGAGUGGUCCUCAAGUCUUAUUACGGUUACGAGAUAGAAGAAGUUAAGAUCAUGGGCAAAGAUCGCUACCUGGUGGCUCACACCUCCGACACUCUUCUGCUGGGAGACCUGCUGACUAAUAAACUGAGCGAGGUGCCGUGGCCCGGUUCUGGAGGAAACGAAAAGUUCUUCUUUGAAAAUGAAUCUGUGUGUAUGAUCUUUAACGCUGGCGAGCUGAGCCUGGUGGAAUACAGUAACAAUGAGAUCCUGGGAUCAGUCAGGACAGAAUUUAUGAACCCUCACCUCAUCAGCGUCCGACUAAACGAGAGGAAGCAGAGAGGCAUUGAAGACAACAAGAAGCUGGCCUAUCUGAUUGAUAUAAAAACCAUUUGUAUUGUGGACUUGGCCGGAGGCUUCAAUCUGGGAACCAUCAACCAGACCUCCAAGAUCGACUGGCUGGAGCUCAAUGAAACCGGACGCAAGCUGCUGUUCAGGGACAAGAAGCUGCGGCUCCACCUGUAUGACAUCGAGACCAGCGUAAAGACCACGCUGCUGAGCUUCUGCUCCUACGUGCAGUGGGUUCCUGGCAGCGACGUGGCGGUCGCACAAAACAGGGGAAACCUGUGCAUCUGGUACAGCAUCGACAGCCCCGAGAGCAUCACCAUGUUCCCCAUCAAGGGAGACAUUGUGGAUCUGGAGAGAGUGGAUGGGAAGACGGAUGUGCUCGUGACGGAGGGCGUCAGCACGGUGACGUACACGCUGGACGAAGGCCUCAUUGAGUUCGGUACUGCGAUCGAUGACGGGGAUCACGACCGAGCCACAGCAUUCCUUGAGACUCUUGAGAUGUCACCAGAGACUGAAGCCAUGUGGAAGACACUCAGCAAGCUGGCUCUGGAGGCUCACCAGCUGCAUAUCGCAGAAAGGUGUUUCGCUGCGUUGGGAGACGUCUCCACCGUGCGUUUCCUCCACCAAACAAAGCAGAUUGCCGACAAAGUUUCAGAUGAAAUGGGAGGAGAUGGAACGGCCUUUUUCCAAGUGCAAGCCCACGUGGCCAUGUUGGAUAAGAACUUUAAACUGGCUGAGAUGCACUACAUGGAGCAGAAUGCCAUUGAUGAAGCCAUAGAGAUGUACCAGGAGCUGCACAUGUGGGACGACUGCAUCGCUGUGGCUGAAGCCAAGAGCCACCCGGAGCUGGACAGCCUGCGGGGGAACUAUUACCAGUGGUUGACGGAGACGGGUCAGGACGAGAAGGCCGGGGAGGUGAAGGAGAGCGAAGGAGACUUCCAGGGGGCCAUCAACCUCUACCUGAAGGCCGGGCUGCCGGCUAAAGCCGCCCGACUGGCCAUCAGCCACCCGGAGAUCACCAACAACAGCGACACCGUCAGCCGCAUCGCCGCCAGUCUCAUCAAGGGAGAGUUUUACGAGAGGGCGGGAGAUCUGUACGAGAAGAUCAGAAACAACCAGAGAGCUCUGGAGUGCUACUGCAAAGGAGGAGCCUUCAGGAAAGCCGUGGAGCUGGCUCGCCUUGCCUUCCCUGCUGAGGUGGUGAAACUGGAGGAGGCCUGGGGAGACUACCUCGUCCAGCAGAAACAGAUGGACGCCGCCAUCAACCACUUCAUUGAAGCAGGCUGCUCCCUUAAAGCCAUCGAGGCGGCCAUCGCAGCGCGUCAGUGGAAGAAGGCCGUCCACAUCCUGGAGCUACAGGAGGAUUCAUCGGCAGGGAAAUACUACGUGAAGAUCGCUCAGUACUACGCCUCCACGCAGGACUACGAGCUGGCAGAGCAACUGUUUGUGAAAGGAGGUCACAUCAAAGAUGCUAUAGACAUGUACACGACAGCAGGACGCUGGGAGGAGGCUCAUAAGUUGGCAGUGACGUGUAUGACGGAGGAGGAGGUGAUGGCUCUGUACGUCAGCAGAGCGCAGGAGCUGGAGAGAGAUGAGAAAUUCAAGGAGGCCGAGAGGCUGUUUGCCACAGUGAAGCAGCCUGACCUCGCCAUAACCAUGUACAAGAAGAACCGGAUGUUUGAUGAUGUUAUUCGCUUGGUGGCCAGACAUCACCCAGACUUGCUGACAGAGACUCACCUGCACCUGGCCAAGGAGAUGGAGGCCGAGUCCAGGUUCUCGGAGGCAGAGUACCACUUCAUGGAGGCUGAAGAGUGGAAAGCUGCCGUCCACAUGUACAGAGUCAACGAUAUGUGGGAGGAUGCAUACAGGGUGGCUAAGAACCACGGAGGUCCUGGAGCCCAGAAGCAGGUGGCCUACCUGUGGGCUCGCGGCCUGGGAGGAGAGGCGGCCGUCAAGCUGCUCAACAAGUUUGGCCUCCUGGAAUACGCCAUCGAGUUUGCUUCAAAUAACUUCUCGUUCGACUUUGCCUUUGAUUUGGCUCGUCUUUCGUGUAAGGAGAAGAUUCCCGAGAUCCACCUCAAACAUGCCAUAUACCUGGAAGAUGAGGGCAAGUUCACUGAGGCCGAGUUAGAGUUCAUCAAAGCUGGAAAACCCAAAGAAGCCGUGUUCAUGUAUGUGCACAACAAGGACUGGGCCAGUGCGCAGCGGGUUGCUGAGGGCCACGAUCCAGAGAGCGUGUCUGAGGUUCUGGUCGGCCAAGCCAAGUUCUGCUUUGAACAGAAAGAUUUCCAGAAGGCUGAAGCCUUCCUGCUCCGAGCCCAGAGACCCGAACUAGCUGUUAAAUAUUACAAGGAUGCAGACAUGUGGAGCGAUGCCAUGCGUAUCUGUAAGGAGUAUCUCCCCAACAAGCUCUCCGUGCUGCAAGAGGAGUACGAGAUGGAGACCUCCAAGAAGGGACUCGGGGGAGUGGAGGGUCUGCUGGAACAGGCCAAGGAGUGGGAGCAGUCGGGUGAAUACUCCCGGGCCGUGGAGUGUUACCUGAAGGUGAAGGACGACUCCAACUCGGCCCUGAUGGAGAAGUGCUGGAUGAAGGCAGCAGAGUUGUCCAUCAAGUUCCUCAGCGGAGAUCGAGCGCUGGAGGUGACCCAGCUGGUCGGACCACGACUCACACAGCUGAGAAAGUACAACACUGUGGGUGAACACACGCACACACACACACACACACACACAGACACAAAGACACACGCACACACACACACACAC